AUGGCGGAAAUUCCAGAGUUCUCCAAUCUGUCCCUUCAGAGACAUGGAAAUGUUUUCAUUCUGACUAUGCAGAAGCCCCCAGAGAACCGACUCAGUCUAUCCUUUUGUCAGGAGAUGAUCCGGGCGUUUCGCACAGUGGAGAGCAUCCUAGGCUCUGACUCGGAGGGGGCGGUAAUCACACGAAGCAGCGAUCCCAAGUUCUGGUGUACAGGACUCGACAUGGAUGAAGUGGCUACAAACCCAUUCGCCAACACAGAUGGUCUCUUUCCGCUCCUUCAUACAAUUCUCGACUUCUCAUUCCCGACAAUCGCCUUGCUCACUGGGCAUACAUUCGGCGCCGCCUGCCUACUGGCACUGGCCCACGACUUCCGCAUAAUGAACUCGCGCCGCGGCUUCAUGUGUCUACCAAUUGUGGAUAUGGGUCUACACUUCGAUGGGAUUGGAACAUUACCUCGCCUCAAGCUGGGUGCACCAAUCGCUCGUAAGUUACUUCUUGGAGCCCAUAGGUGGACAGGCCCAGAAGCAAUGGAGGAUGAGGUCGUGGAUGCCGUGGCACCGCCAGAGGAGAUGCUUAACAUGGCUCUUGAGAUGGGAGCCAAAUGGGCUCCCAAAGCAAAGAAAGGGUGCGUUGAAACCAGCCCAAGUUAUGCAAAGGUACUAACAUCUCGCAGAGUAUAUGCUUUAUAUAGGCGAGAGCUUUGGGGUGAGGCUAUCAAGACAUUCCAGGAGAUUAGUUAUGUCCAUGGUCGGCCAACUUCAACUCUUGUUAGAGCCAAGGUCUGA